AUGUGGUUAAUCCUCUCUAGUUUAGCUUUGGCCAGUAUGGUAACUGCCGACACAUGUUAUGAUCGUUUUGGUUAUUCUUAUUUUUGUAACAAUAAUGGACUUUCAUAUGGGGCCAGAAUAGGUAUAGGGGUCGGUAUAGCUGCUGGUGUCCUUGCUUUGGUUUUGUUAUGUUCGUUUUGGCGACGUCGUCAACUCCAACGACAAUGGGCUAAAUAUCGUCCACCAGCUUUACCAGUAACCAAUCAAUCAGGACAAACUUCCGGUCCUGGUCAAUAUACAUAUGGUCAAUCCGCUCCUUAUGCCAGUAACCCACCUCCACCAAGUAAUUUCCAAUAUCAACCAAACGGGGUUCAACAACCCGCACAGACUUAUCAACCCAGUAUGGCCGGACAAUACGGGAAUAAGAAUGGUCCAGGUAUGAAUACUGGGAACGGGGAGAUGGAGCAUGAACAUGGGUACGAGUGGGAUCAGGCGAGAGCGAAUGGGAAUGUACCUCCUCCGGGUUAUGAGGUUUCAAAUCAAGAAAGCUUUGCACCUCCCCCAGGAGCACCUCCAGGGAAACGAACCGAAGGUACUGUUUAG